AUGGAGCUGAAUCAUAUAGAUAAUGAUUUAGAGUACAACGAUCAAGAAUUACGGGAGGAGCCGAAAAGCUUCACUAAGGAUACCCAUUUUCAACGGUAUCCAGGAGCCGUUCGGAAGAAGGCCUACAUUUUCGAUGGGGCCGGAAAAUACUACAACAAGGAAUGGGACCUAUUAGAGGGCCGGGGCAAGGAAUUCUGUUGGUACCACGUGGAGCUCCCGAAAGGGAAUCAAAAGCUCUCGCAAUCGGCACAGUACCUAAUAGACGUCCUAUGCCCGCCCCUUAAGCUCCAAGACAUUCUCUCGCUGGUUAGCAAUGGCCCUUUUUGCGGUCAUGUGGAUGGUGCCCUUGUGUUCAGGGUGAACUCUCCUGGCCCACCUUCCAGCAAAUUCACCUUCAGAAUAGCUGCAAGAAUUACAGAACAUUCGGUGAUCACUGUGUCAUUGGGGCGGGUCCCACGGUUGGGUUUCUCGCCUGCGAAUGAGUCGUUGCUGUCGGAGGUUCCUGUCGUGGAGGGUCCCAGUUAUGAGAGUCGGGAAGGGAAGGACAGGGGUGGGAUUGUAAUUAGGGAGCACGUGUUGGAUUUUCUGCUGACGAUGAAUCACUCAGAGGAGGCUGAUAAUCCUGUUCCUAGAUCUGUUCCGAAUCUUGUGGUCCACGUGAUUGAUACACAUGUGGAUCAUGUUCAGGAUUUGGUGACGAAGCUUGAGAUUGAGCUGGACUCGGUCGAGUUCGAGCUUGACAGAGGUGGUUUUGAUUUGAAGAAGCAGUUGUUAGACGAUAGAAAGUUCCCAAAAAUGCACCUUGACUUGCAACGUCUAUUGCAGGUGAUUGCACAUGGUGAGCAAGUAUUUCCCCGAGUGAAGGAAAAGUGUUCAUUAAAAGAUUGGUUUACUAAUGAAGAUGUUAACGCCUUGGAAGAGUUAAUUGGGCGGAUAAGGCGACUAAAAGAGAAUGUCGGGUUUAUAGCUAACCGUAUCACGGCAAUACAGGCUGGGCUAGACAGUUGGCAAUCUGAGCAAAUAAAUCGAAAGCUAUACUACCUCUCUUUCCUGUCCAUCAUAUUUCUGCCUUUAUCAAUAAUCACUGGAGUUUUUGGAAUGAACGUCGGAGGAGUUCCAUGGACUGACCAAAGGAAGCCGGAAUUAAGUGACGGGUUUCGUAACGUGAUGUUUAUAUGUGUGGCAAUGCUGUUGAUUAUUCUUCUCUGUUUCCUUUUUCCGGUUCUCUACAGCCGCAUAAUGGCCUGGCGAAGAAGGAGAGUCUUCAGAAGAAGUUGGUCCCUCAACCAAAAGUCGUACAUUAGGAGAACUGGGGUUGGUGCAGAAUUUCGGGAAAAACGAGGGUACCUUCGUAUUUAA